AAAGCCAGUGGUGUCCCAAGGCAGGUGCAGGGGGUGCGUGCCACAACGGGUGACACCUACCGCACGGGGUGACACCGGACCAGCUCCACGAAAAGGUAAGUUGUAAAGAAAGCCGACAAUCCCCCGCAGCAUGGAUUGGAUCUGCGGAUUGGGGAGCAUAAUGGAUCGGAGUCCGAUCCAUUAUGUUCAAUCUGCAGAUCCGAUCCAUUCUGCGGGGAUCGUCGGAGGGGGUGUCACCAAGUGUUAUCGCACCGGGUGACACCAUCCCUAG